CCAUCUCUCCUCUUCUGUACUUUCUUACUUUGCUAGAAAGAGAGAAGGGUGCUUGUGUUUGUUUUCCGGGAAAAUUUCCCAAAGUAAGGCGUCACUUUCCCGGAAAAUUUACAGUACGUGAGGAUUGUUAUUUAGGUGGCUGCGUGUCCGGACCAGUGUGGUACCAUGCUUCCGUCAGAACUGGUCUGUAUAUUAUUUCAAUUCUGCUGUUUUUUGGAUUGAUUUUGCUCUGUCGUGUGCUACUGAUAACGUAGGUUUGUUGUUUGGGAGAUCUGAAAGUUUGGGUAUGACGUGGGUUUGAGAACUGUGUUCUUUUGUUCUUUGGUUGAAUGCGUUGGAUUUGAAAUUACAGAGAAGGGGCAAGGGUUUUCUUGAUUUAAGCGGUUUUUAGGGUGGGGAUUUGACCUGGGUCUGGAGAUUCGAGGCAUUUUCUUUUUGUGGGUAUUGUUGUUUUUGGGGGUUGGAACUGAAAACUGAGUUGGGGUUUGGGAACUAGGUUCAUUUCGGUGUUUGGCUGAGUGGUUUUCUGGGGCGUUUUUAUUGAGAUUUCAACUGGGUGUCUGAAGUUGUAAACUAUUUUUCUUCUGGUUAAUCUGAUUUUGGGGUUGAGAGAUGAAAACUGAAAUGGGUAUGGGAGGAGGGGCUUGGACGGAGGAGGAUAAAGCGAUGGUGGCGGCUGUUUUGGGAACUCGAGCAUUUGAUUACUUGAUGACCAGCUCCGUUGUGAGUGAGAAUCUGUUAAUGGCAGUGGGGAGUGAUGAAAAUUUGCAGACAAAGCUUUCGGAUCUCGUAGACCGACCAAAUGCAUCCAAUUUCAGUUGGAAUUAUGCAAUUUUCUGGCAAAUUUCACAGUCCAAGUCUGGGGAUUGGGUGCUUGGAUGGGGAGAUGGGUCUUGUAGGGAGCCCAGGGAAGGGGAGGAAUCCGAAGUGACCCGAAUUUUAAAUAUUCGGCUCGAGGAUGAAACCCAGCAGAGGAUGAGGAAAAGGGUGCUUCAGAAGCUGCAUACAUUGUUUGGAGGCUCGGAUGAGGACAGUUAUGCUUUUGGAUUGGACCGAGUCACUGAUACUGAAAUGUUUUUUCUCGCUUCCAUGUACUUCUCAUUUACCAGAGGAGAAGGUGGCCCAGGGAAAUCUUUUGGAUCUGGGAAGCAUUUGUGGCUGUCUGAUGCAUUGAAAUCUCCAUCAGAUUAUUGUGUUCGAUCAUUCCUUGCCAAAUCUGCUGGAAUUCAGACCAUUGUGUUAAUCCCAACUGAUGUUGGGGUUGUAGAGCUGGGUUCUGUGAGGUCAUUACCUGAAAGCUUAGAGAUGUUGCAGACUAUAAGAUCAUCAUUCUCGAUGUAUUUGCCAUUCAUCAGGGGCAAGCCAGCCUUACCAGUGUUGAACGAGAAGAAAAAUGAAAGUGCCCCUUUUUCCAAUCUGGGGACUGGGGAGCGAGUAGAGGGAAUUCCAAAGAUUUUUGGGCAGGAUUUGAACUCAGGUCAUUCCCAUUUUAGGGAGAAACUUGCUGUUCGAAAGGCAGAAGAGAGGCCAUGGGACAGCUACCAAAACGGGAACAGGCUUCCUUUUACGAACACUAGAAAUGGUUUUCAUGGUUCGGGCUGGCCACACAUGCAGGGUGUGAAACCAGCAAGUACGGCAGAAAUGUACAGUCCUCAGGUCCCAAUUAAUAAUCUACAUGAGAUGGUUAAUGGGGUUAGAGAGGAGUUUCGGCUUAGCCAGUUCCAGCCUCCCAAGCAGGUGCAGAUGCAAAUUGAUUUUGCAGGGGCUGCUUCAAGGUCUACCAUGUUGGCUCGGCCAAUUAGUGUGGAGUCUGAGCAUUCAGAUGUUGAGGCUUCAUGCAAGGAUGAGCGGCCAGGCCCAGCUGAUGAAAGGAGGCCCCGGAAAAGGGGCAGAAAGCCUGCAAAUGGAAGAGAAGAACCCCUCAAUCAUGUGGAAGCAGAGAGGCAGAGGCGUGAGAAACUGAACCAGCGGUUUUAUGCAUUGCGAGCUGUUGUGCCCAACAUCUCCAAGAUGGACAAAGCCUCCUUGCUGGGAGAUGCAAUUACUUACAUCACCGAGCUCCAGAAGAAACUCAAGGACAUGGAAUCAGAGCGGGACAAAUUUGGGAGCACUUCAAGAGAUGCAUUAUCUUUGGAAACUAACACCGAGGCAGAAACUCAUAUACAGGCGUCUGAUGUCGAUAUCCAAGCAGCCAAUGAUGAAGUUAUUGUGAGAGUAAGCUGCCCACUGGAUACCCACCCUGUAUCAAGAGUCAUCCAAACAUUCAAGGAGGCACAGAUCACAGUGAUCGAGUCGAAACUUGCUGCAGCCAAUGAUACUGUGUUCCAUACUUUUGUAAUCAAGUCCCAGGGAUCCGAGCAGCUGAUGAAGGAAAAGCUCACAGCUGCAUUUUCGCGCGAAUCCAAUUCUUUACAGCCCUUGUCAUCAUCAGUUGGGUAACACUGGGAACCCUAGUUAACUUAGUCUCUAGAUGUAUUAUGUAGUCAAGAAAAACCUAAGAACCUAUUUGAAAGCUUCUGCCAAGGUUUUGAUAUACAGCAGGGGAUGAUAAAAAGGAACGGCCGCACCAGCUAGAACUUAGAAAAUAACUAGCUAUUAACCAAGUAGGGCAGCAAAUUUUCUUAUGUUUGUUUAUAGUAUACAUAUUCUGUCAUAAGGAAGUAUUCAUCUUGCAAUGUCUUUUAAAUUUGUAAGCUUAACUCUCAAAUUGUUGUUUAUUAAGAUGCCAGAAAAAUUGGUUUUGUUUUUUUAUA